UUAUCUGUUGUUUGCUUCGAUGCGACUGUUGUGGAAACCAACCAAACCACCCAGCACUUUUACUUUCCACAUUCGACACCCGCAUUGCCAAUACCGAUGCGACCAAGUUCCGCCAAAUCGCCAAAUUACCAUUCGAUCGUUCGGCGUGUUAUCAAACGGGCCCCGCAGCUUCGGCGCUCCGCCGAAGAUGCAUCCGAACAGCGCCUCCGAUUUACCACCGAUAUCCCGACUGAUUACACCUCCAGGGAAUGGUUGCGGCCACCGGGAUGCAGAGGAACGAGGUCCGCACCGAUCACCAUCACCGCGAGCACUGUGAAUGGGACGGCGAUCGCCCAACCGGCAACGUUU